UGUCCAUUAGCAUACAUAAAAAUACCAAAUAGUAUUUUGAGGACUAUAUUUUCAAUUAAAUAUGGAGCAUGUCUCUUAACAUUCCGAUCCGGGGUACUCUUCCCUUAUUUCCUCAUAUUUUUGAGAUGCUGGCUGUUGCCAACUUAUGAGUACCGAUCUCUUGAAAGUGUAAUGAACUGGAAGAAAAUUCUGAAAGUAUCAUUUUUGAAUACUGAAAGAUCAUUUUAUAUUAAAUAAAUAUUGAAUUUGUGAAGUAUGCUGUAUAAAAGAUUUAUCAAUAGAUUCUUUUAGUCUGCAUUCUCAUUUCUAUUUUUCUUUUCAUAAUAACAGUUACCACAAUUGUAGGUGAUUUGCAAAUGCAUGAGCAUGACCAAUUAGUUAUUAAAGAAAAGAACAUAUGCAAUAAUAGCUUUGAUUAGAACAAUAAACUUUUCUUAGAUGAUGCGAUAUAAGUAAAGGAUUCUGUGCUGCAUAUCAGAAGGUGUUGCAUUAAAUUUUAUAACAUGCGUUUUGUAUUUUAUUUAUUGUUUAUUUUCUUACCAAUAACGGAAUGUCAACAGCAAUACUAUGGACACCGAGUUAUAAGUAUUAGAACAGAUGACCCGGAAAUAUUGGAUAUGCUAGUAAAAUGGCAAAAUGAAGGAAUUGACUUUUGGAGUAAAAUCAACAAAGUGGGUCGUCCGAUCACUGUGAGGAUUCCUCCAAUUCUUUCCAAAGAUUUUCUAGACUUUCUCCAGAGCAAUGAUGUUCCAUUUGAUGACAUUAUUCCUAAUUUGGGAAACGUUAUGGUGACCGAAGAAAUGACUCAAAACAUUGCACGAGAAAGUAGGAGGGAAAAUACUGAAGGUGAAUAUGAGGUAGAAUUCACAUACUACUGGGAUACUGAUGAAAUUGGUCAGUUCCUCGCGUAUUUAAAGGGUGAUUAUCCGGAAAGACUAAUCGUCACAAGCGGAGGGAAAAGUUAUGAAGGACGCGAUAUUUAUGUCGUUAAAAUUUCCAACACAAAUUUUGAAGGUAAAAAGCCCAAGGUUUUCAUAGACGCGGGAAUUCAUGCACGCGAGUGGAUUGCACCAAUGGUAGCACUAUAUCUUAUUCAUCAACUUGUGGUGAAUGCAACCGAACAUGCUGAAUUACUAGCUUUUGAUUGGAUUAUCAUACCUUGUGUAAAUCCAGACGGGUAUCAAUACUCCCACGAUUAUAAUCGCCUGUGGAGGAAGACACGUUCUGUUAAUAAAGACAACCAUUGCGUUGGAGUUGAUGGAAAUAGAAAUUACGGCUAUCGUUGGGGUUAUGGAUCACCAGACUCUGUUAACAUUGACCCGUGCAGUGAAACGUAUCUGGGCCCUGAUCCAUUUUCUGAAAGUGAAACGCGAACGGUUGCAAAUGUAAUGGCACAAGAAAUUUAUAACCUUGAACUCUACAUAAGUUUUCAUUCCUAUGGCGGAUGGAUACUUUAUCCAUUUGCUUUUGACAAUAGAGUUCCCCAUCCGAACAAAAAAGAAGUUGAUCUACUUGGUAAUAUGGUAGCAGAUGUCAUUUACAAGGCUACUGGACGUAACUACACCGUUGGAAAUACUGCCACUCUGCUCUAUCCAGCUUCUGGAGGCAGUGAUGACAAUGCUGCAGGUAACUUCGACGUGGAUUUUACAUAUACUAUUGAAUUACCUGGUGGAGGAAAACAUGGAUUUGAUUUACCUGGGGAUCAAAUUGUCAAAGUUAGUGAAGAGAUCAUGAUCGGAAUGAAAGUUUUUCUUAAUUACAUUUUGACAACAUAAAUACGGAAGUCGUUUUAUAAUUUUACUGUUUUUUGUUGAACAGUUUAGGGUAAGUGCUCAUAAUUUUGGACAGUUUCUAAAUUUGGACACUUUGAGGGUAAAAUUGGACACUAAAAAUAAAUUGAUUAAAAU